AUGUGCUGAAAGACAUUAUGACACCGCCAAAUUUAACUGCAGAGUUGCACAGUACCCUUUUGAAGACCAUAACCCACCACAGCUAGAGCUUAUCAAACCCUUUUGUGAAGACCUUGACCAAUGGCUAAGUGAAGAUGACAAUCAUGUUGCAGCAAUCCACUGUAAGGCUGGCAAGGGCCGAACUGGUGUCAUGAUCUGUGCGUAUUUGUUGCACCGAGGCAAGUUUUUAAAGGCUCAAGAAGCCCUAGAUUUCUAUGGGGAAGUGAGGACCAGAGACAAGAAGGGAGUGACCAUUCCCAGCCAGAGACGUUAUGUCUACUACUACAGCUACCUGCUAAAGAACCACCUGGACUACAGACCUGUGGCACUGCUCUUCCACAAGAUGAUGUUUGAAACAAUUCCCAUGUUCAGCAGCGGAACUUGCAAUCCUCAGUUUGUGGUGUACCAGCUCAAGGUAAAGAUCUUCACCUCCCCUUCAGGACCCUCCAGACGUGAGGACAAGUUUAUGUACUUUGAGUUCCCUCAGCCUUUGCCAGUCUGUGGUGACAUCAAAGUGGAGUUCUUCCACAAACAGAACAAGAUGUUGAAAAAGGACAAAAUGUUUCACUUUUGGGUAAAUACAUUCUUCAUAGGACUGGAUGAGAAUUCAGACAAAGUAGAGAACGGGAGCCUGGUGGCGGAGCAGGAGCUGGAUGGCAUUUUCAGCACCGAGCGCUCCGACAACGACAAGGAGUACCUGAUCCUCACCCUGACCAAGAACGACCUGGACAAAGCAAACAAAGACAAAGCCAACAGAUACUUCUCUCCAAACUUCAAGGUCAGGGGUUGGGACUGGCUGAGCCUUGAGCUCCCUUCCAGCCCUGAC